GAUUUGGCGAGAUCCGCACGGAUACCGUGCGUUGCGUGCUCAUCAACGCUGACGUGGCGGGCCUGAUUGGGAUGCUCCCCCAAUCAUCAAUCUGGAUCCGGCCGCUCGCGGCAAACAGCUCUUUACUCGAGUCGGUGGCGAAUAGCGAUGGCGUGCGUUUGCGUCGACCUCCUACGUGGAUUGCAAAUAGCGAUGCAUCCCUCCCGCUCAUGACGGAUGCAUCGUGGUGAUCGGGGAACAUGAAUCACGUGGUUUGCGACUUACUAGUUCCAUCGGACGGAUCUAAACCUGCCAGCCUUUUUUCUUGGUUAAAAAAACCCCCCACUCGCAUCUCAUCUGAGACGCCGUCUCCUUUCCGGAUCUGAUCGGCUCCGCUCCUGCUCCGCUCCUGCUCCUGCUCCUGCUCCUGCUCCAGGGAAGCAAAAAAGGCACCCAGGGAAGGAACAAAUGGUGAAGAUGAGCAGCAGGUUGCUUGUCUCGGUCAUCCUCGUCUUGUCCUUGUCCCCGCUCGAUCCUUCGGGGGCUGAACCUGUGGACCCUCGACCCCACGAGCUCCGCUCCUUGGAGUCGGAGAUCCAAGAGAAGAAGCAGCAGGAGGGUGUGGGAAGGGGGUGUUCGUACACGGUGAAGAUAAAGACGAGUUGCUCCUCCAGACGAUACACCAGGGACAUGAUCAGCCUUGCUUUCGGCGACGCCUACCACAACGAGGUGUAUGCGCCGAGGCUGGACGAUCCGACGACGGACACGUUCGAGCGGUGCUCGACGGACACGUUCAAAAUCCAGGGGCCGUGCGGGUACGGGAUCUGCUACCUGUACCUGAGGCGGGACGGCUGGGACGGGUGGACCCCCGAGUGGGUCAAGGUGUACGAGCCCCACGCCAGCCGGGCGACCACCUUCUACUACGGCACCCCUCUCCCCAACGCCGUCUGGUAUGGCUUCAACCAUUGCCCCCGUCCUGUUGCCGCCGCCUCCUCCUUCCUGUCCUCUUAAUUAACUCCGCUGCCGCUGCUUCUGCUUCUGCUUCUGCCCAUUGCAUUCACCUCCAAGAUUCCUCUUGUUGAUCUUAAGCAACCAAGCAAGCCAUGUGUCCAUCAUCAUCAUAUAUAUAUGUAUUGCCUAGAGUAUAACUAGAACUUAGUUACCUAUCCUAUCCGAUGUCCAUGCUGGACUCCCUCUCUUCUUCUUCUUUAUCUCAUCUUAUGUUGUUGAUGUAGCAGCUAGUACAAUAUUAGCAGGAAGCAUUAUAGUAAGUGGAGAUUUAGCAGCACCAAUUACAGUAUUCGGUGGCUAAGAUCCUUUUGUUUGAUUUAUUGUGACAGAAGUCGGUAGGAACUUUGUGAUUGAUUGAACCAACCAAAAUGCUCCGCGUACCAUAACUUGUCCUACAGAGUCACACGGUGUUUUAUGUACUUCUUACCAACCAACUGCAGUCAAUUCGGUUAUAUUAACUAUCUUGUUAAUGUAGCUGAAGGAAUGUAUAGUGUUUUAUCAAACAUUGUAGCAUCCAACUCCAAUAUA